GUGACUUGCAAACCUCCCAGCACAAGGUGUGUGGCACGUGUUCCCUCUGCAUGACGCUGCGUAUUUAUUCACAGCUCUGUGAGAUCGGCUGCAGUGCAUUUUCAUUCUGUGUAUUGUUCUCUGGGGCUGGUGAUGCCAUCGCAUUGUGCUGAGUUUUUAAGAGUGUGAGCAGCACUGCUGAUGUGACUCCCUGGGAGCCUACUUUCCACUAGCCCGGGAUAAAAUUCAGUGGUUCGUUCUCUCUCGGACGCACACGCGUGCAGGGAGACAGGCACGCUGACAGCGAUGGGGUUAGUAUAGCUGGGACACUGCAAAGCUAUGCAGGAUUCACCCAGCUCUCUGGUGAUGGAUGGGUACUCCAGCAAUGUGCCAGCCUUCCUCACCAAGCUCUGGACGCUGGUGGAAGAUCCCGAAACAAACCAUCUCAUCUGCUGGAGUACGAAUGGCACCAGCUUCCAUGUGUUUGACCAAGGACGGUUUGCCAAAGAGGUGCUGCCCAAGUAUUUCAAACACAACAACAUGGCCAGUUUCGUCCGGCAGCUGAACAUGUAUGGCUUCAGGAAGGUGGUGAACAUCGAGCAAGGGGGGCUCGUCAAGCCCGAGCGGGACGACACCGAGUUCCAGCACCUCUGCUUCCUGCAGGGCCACGAGCACCUCCUGGAGCACAUCAAGAGGAAGGUGUCAGUAGUGAAAAGUGAGGAGACCAAGAUGCGCCAGGAGGACCUCAGCAGGUUGCUAUAUGAGGUACAGAUACUGAGAAGUCAGCAGGAGAACAUGGAGUGUCAAGUUCAGGACAUGAAGCAGCAAAAUGAAGUUCUUUGGCGGGAAGUUGUUUCUCUCCGGCAGAACCACUCACAGCAGCAGAAGGUGAUCAACAAGCUGAUUCAGUUUCUGUUUGGCCAGCUCCAAUCAAACCCCAGUGGCGCUGGGAUAAAGAGGAAGCUGCCUCUGAUGCUCGACAAUGGGUUGGCACAAGUGUCCAAGUUCAGCCGACAUUUGCCUACGGACCCCCUCCACGACCCCUGUUUCAUACAGUCGCCAUCGACAGAACCUGCCUCUUGCUUAAACAGCCCUGCAAUUGUUGGAGGACCCAUCAUAUCUGAUGUUACUGAAACAUCACCAUCUAACAUAAUAAAUAUGCAGUCCCCUUCUGAUAACGACAGGGAGAAGUGCCUCAUGCUGAUCAAGGAAGAGCCAGUGAGCCCUGGAAUGAAAGCCACCACCGAGCCCGACGUGCCAGGCUGCCGGGCCUGCCCUGAGCCCCCCGUGCUCCCAGUCGCCAUGGUUCAGUCUGUGCUGGAAGGCAAAGGCAGCUGUGGUGCAGUCCCACCAGGGACCUCACAGCCGCCAGAGAGAAGAGGCAGAAGAGCACUGCUGGACAGAACAGAUAUUUCAGACCCCUUGGAAGGCACCGACUGGAGUUUGGAAGGGGUGCAGCUGCUGCUGCGGAGCCAGCAGUACGGCCUGGAGCCUGCCAGCCUCCUGGAUGUCUGUAAUCCCAAUUUAUCUAUGAGUGAGUGGAAUUUGGCUGAAAUGGAAGCCAGUCUGUCCCCGAUGCAGCGACUCACGGUGGAUCUGGAGAAGAAUGCAACUGAGCUGUCAUCAAAAGUGUUCAACCCAUCAUUUAACAACACCUGCCCAGGGAAAGAUGUCGUUCUUGAAAGCACCCAGCAGUUCCUCGCUGAUCGUCAGUCCGUCUUUGGAGGUGACAUCAUCAGCUUGCCUGAAAAUUCAUCUCUUUAUGUUCCCCCUGAAAAUAUGGCUUCCUACCUGUCCUCUGUGGGCGUCCAAGGGGAUAUCCCCUUAAACCUGAGCUCUUCCACUGACAACAACCAGUGA